AAAAUUUGUCGAGGUUAUGUUUUUAAAAAUAUAACUUUGAAACUUCAACGAUAAUUGUAGUCUCAGACCCUAGAUAAGACAAAUAUAUUCAUAGACUGUAUGUUAUAUGUGUUAGGCAUUGUGUUACAGCACAGCGCAAUUUUUUAACUCUUUUGAACAUAAAAUACUAAGAAAGGUUGUGUGUAGUAUAUUUUAUUGCUAGUCCAGUCAAUGAAUCAUCAUGCCACCGCCAGCAAAAAGAGAUUGUGGUAUAAUUUUGUUUGAUAUUAACGCUUCGAAUAAAAAUGAGGCUUUAGCUGCCUUAAUGAAGAUUUCUACAUUCAUUUGGCUGUCUGAUACGAAGGACACAUAUAGACUUAUUUUAUCAAAUACAAAGGAAUCCAAGAACAUAAAGAAAUACAAAAAUUUGUACGACAGUAACCUAAGUGACUCAGAUCCCCAGCCUAUACUUAGUUGUAUUGAAAAUGCUAAGCCUGAAGAAGGAAACUGGUACGAUGCUUUACUGCUAGCUAUCGCACAUCUAAAAGAAGCAUAUGAGUUGUCUGGUGUUAUAACGUUACAAAUUUUGUAUAUGACCAAGUUAGACGGAUGCUCACAAGACGUAGAUAUGAACAAAGUGGAACGAAUUAUAAAUGAUUUGAGGGAAUACAAUAUAUUCUUGUAUAUUAUAGGACCUGAUGUGAAACUUCCAUUUACUAUUACAAGAGACUCGGAUGUUUCAGAUGCCAUGAAAGACAUAUCUGUGGAUGAAAGUAAUCCAUCGUUGUCGAUGGCGAAAAGAAUUGUUGAUGCCACAACAAACACCGUCUUAUGUGACUUAAAAGUGGGUAUCAACUUAUUUUUUUCAUUCAGAAAUCCACGUGGGACACAACCUUGGAAAGUACCUCUUAGUUUCGGCAGUCGAUUUGAAAUUCCGGCUUGUACUGUCAAAAUUUAUAAAAGGGAUGCACCAUUUAAACUAACUACAAAUAGUCGCAAUUCAAAAUUUGUUCUCCUCGAGGACGAAUCGGUUUCAGUGGACAUAUCAGAUUUGACUUCAGGGAUUGAAAGACAUGGAAAAUUUGUCAAAGUAAACGAGAGGGAGAUGUUCAAAGUAGAAGGUCCUAGAAGCUUUGCCGUUACAGGGUUUACACAUAAGAAAUAUAUUCCCGAGUAUUACAUAAGGGAAGGUGCAUUUUAUGUCUUGCCAGAUGCCGACAAACUGGAUGAUUGUUCCCAGAUACUCUACGAUUUAAUCGAUGAGUUAGCCGAACAAGAAAAAUAUGUCGUCAUGAGGAGAGUGUACAACGCUAAUAACAAACCUAAAUUUUUUGUCCUCGUUCCGCAGCCAGAUUUGCAACCAAAAUGUUUCGUAAUGUCGGAACUGCCAUAUGCGGAUGACUUGAAACAGAAUUUUAAAUGUACCGAACCAGUAUUAACUGAAAAAGUUGAAGAUGAUACUUUUGAACAGUUUUUCAACAGUAUUGAUAUUUGGAACGAUAAUUGCAAACUGAGCAUCCCUUUAGGUCCUAAAAUGAUGCUCGAAAUUUACUCGAGUAAACUAGCGAAUGCAGUGGCCAAACAAUAUUUGGAACAGGAUUUUUCUUUUGAAGAGCUUGAUGUAGAUGAUUUAGAGAACGAAACAAAUGACUCCUUAGAAGCUUUGAAAGCUUCUUGGCCUGAGAAUGAUAAACCAAAUGAAGAUGAGGAAGAGUGUACUUAGUCUGUUAGAAAUAUUUUGCAUGUUUUCUUUUACAAAAUACAAAUAAAAUUUCUGUUUUUGA